UUGUCUGUCCCUAAUCAUGUAGACCCAGCAGCACUUAGCUGUGAGAGUCGAUACAGCCUCACAGAUCAACAAGCCUGGCCAUAAAGUCAAACUACUUUAAGCUAUUUAGUGAUAAAGAAAAAAUGGCAAGGGAAAUAGCCAGGGAAAACAAAUUAAAAGUCAUUUCCUAUAUCCUCAAAUUACUAACCCUAACCCUGCAUCACAUUAUGAAAACAGUUUGUCUUUUUGUUGUUACUGAACAAAAAAGCAGACAUUGCAAUGCUUUAAAAUGGCCUUCCAUUGUAAACUAGUGUGAAAAUGCCCAUCUGUUUUGCUGAGAAAGCACACUAGACUUCACACUGUGAAAAGACAAUCACAGGUUGCACAUUUAGCAGCUAACUUUCCAAGACUGCAGGGCUUUCUGUUCAAAUGUUGUUCUCUGAUCAGCAAAUACACAAACUCACAUUCAGGUUUGUCACGAAAACACCCCAAUAACACAACAUCUGCUAUCUCCCUACUGAAAAUCAGUCAUCACAGCUAAAUUACGGCUAUAAUCAAUUGUCGUGUGUUCCCAGUCACUUAAAAACAAAACUGUUUAUCAGAUUCAGGGACUGUCUACUACAACUGUUGACUCUGUAAACUCUGUGGAAUGAUUAACAUGGUGAUGAUUAUGACAAUCUAACACUGAUAGGGUUGUUUUAGGGUCUAAAGUUUCACCUCCUACUUAUUAUCUCAGGGUUAAUGUCUUAAAGUAAAUAGAUUGUCUGAAACGCUCACUUUCAGUUGUUGAUACGUUUUGCGAGUUCUGAACACUUCGAUGUAUAUCUGCAUAUGUGCCCAUUUGUGUGAUCACUUGACAGGAGCAAAAACAUUUUGGAGCCGGUCCAUUAUGAGCCCUUGAAAUUAGUCAUGCAGACUGCUGACCCACAUUUGGGACUUCAGCUGAAGGAAAAGGCAACCAGGAAGUUGUAAAAAAAUAAAUAAAUAAAACCUCAGGAAGUGGGGAAGUACUUGAAGGGAAAACAAAACCCUUCGACUUCUUGUUUUACCUAUGGGUUAGAGUGUUGUGUGUCUUGUCUCUCAGACUUAAAUAAAUGCUUUUUAACCUUUGUAAAUAGGGUCAGACAGGCUAAUCUGCUGUCUUGCUGUCUGAGGGGGGAGCAACAUUCACCCUCACCUACUCUGAAUGUAGACAAGGGGUCAGCGCUGAUCAAUCAAUGCACAUUUUCCCAUUUCUUUCUGGUUAAAUGUGGACUCAGGCUUAAUAGAUUAAAGACUACUUGUCAUGCUCCCAUGGCCAAGUGGUAUUAGGCUACACUUCAGACCGUACCAUUCAUCCACACCCAGAAUAAACUGCGUUACACACACACACACAUUACACAUAAUUCUGCCCCCUUUUAAAAGUAGCCAAAAAUGACAUUUUAGUGUGGGUGCUGUUAUGCUUUUUUUAAAGCACGUGUUAAAGAUUACAAUCUGAGCCCUCCUCCCGGUCACCACAGGUUUCUUUCGGUUGCCUUGCACAGCCCGACUGCUUAUGCUGCUGCCAUCGUUAGCCGAGUAUUGAGCUACCAGCUGACCUACUUUCGCUGCUCUCAGCCGCUCGGUCCUGUUUACAAGCCACUGCCAGCGGAGGAUGUGGAGUACAGUGCCUGGAAAAUAAGAGGGAAACCGAGCCCCGCAACUGAGCCAACACUACCACGAAUGGAGGUGUUCGGUCGUGUGUCGUUCACAAAUUAGGACUGCCAAAAGCCACGGACGGGGCUCGCCGGCGAUUAAUAACAGCGCGUUAUUAACUUAGGCGUUGUUAUGCAAUGUAACGCUCUCGGCGCUCGCUCCCGGUCAGUCAGAGGCUGGUAGUUGCGCUCGGCUGCUAUGCUGUAGUUUAUUUUUUAAAAAAGAAAAUGUCUGCAUUGGUUAAAGUUGAGCGUGGAUCUUUGUUUCUGCUGGGGACCCGUUGUCAAGGUUUUGGCGUUUCUUUGGUGGAGUCGAGGAGGCGCUGGGCUGCUGGUCCGCGGUAGGUUUUUCCGAAAGAGUGUUCAGAAGAGGUCAGCGCGGAUGGGACUUUUAAGACUUCAGAGAGGGCCUGGUUGGGAAAGGGAGUGAGUAUGGACAACCUUUCUGACUUCGGUGGCCCCUGUCCAUCCUCCCGCAGGGAAUGGGACACCAACAGCUGCGUGGACGAUUUGAUGGACGAAGAUGAAAAAGACAGGGCAAAAAGGGCAUCUCGUAACAAAUCGGAGAAAAAAAGAAGAGACCAAUUCAAUGUGCUCAUCAAGGAGCUAUGCACCAUGCUGCAGGGUCAGGGCCACCCGCGCAAGAUGGACAAGUCCACCAUAUUGCAGAGAACUAUAGACUUCUUGCAGAAACAGAAAGACAUCACAGCGCAGAAUGAAACAUGCGAUGUGAGGCAGGACUGGAAGCCAUCGUUCCUCAGUAAUGAGGAGUUCACUCAGCUAAUGCUGGAGGCCCUGGAUGGUUUCUUGGUUGCGUUAACUACGGAUGGCAACAUCAUAUACGUAUCUGACAGCGUGUCUUCACUUAUUGGCCAUUUACCGUCAGAUAUGGUGGACCAAAAUAUCUUGAAUUUCCUCCCGGAGCGGGAACACGGGGAGGUGUAUAAGCUGCUAUCAUCCCACAUGCUGAUGACUGACCCCAUUGCUGCUGACUUCCUUGACAGUGAGGCACAUAUUGAAUUUUGCUGUCAUCUAGCCAGAGGUAACAUCGAUCCAAAGGAGCCGCCCAUAUACGAGUAUGUCAAGUUUGUCGGAGAUUUCAAGUUUCAUAACAAUGUGCCUACAUCUUCUUGUAACGGGCUCGAGUUGACGUUACCAAGAAGCCUGCAGUCGACGCUGGAGGAGCAGGUCUGCCUCAUCGCUACUGUACGAUUAGUCACUCCACAGUUUUUAAAGGAUUUGUGUAAUGUGGAAGAUCCUUGUGAUGAAUUCACAUCCAGACACAGCCUUGAAUGGAAGUUCCUGUUUUUAGAUCACAGAGCUUCGCCGAUCAUCGGCUACCUACCCUUCGAGGUUCUUGGGACUUCAGGCUACGAUUACUAUCAUGUGGAUGACUUGGAGCUUAUAGCUCAGUGUCAUAAGCAGUUAAUGCAGUUUGGAAAGGGUAAAUCCUGCUACUAUCGCUUCCUGACCAAAGGUCAGCAGUGGAUUUGGUUGCAGACUCACUACUACAUCACUUACCAUCAGUGGAACUCCAAACCUGAGUUCAUUGUCUGCACUCACACUGUUGUCAGUUAUGCUGAAGUGCGAGCUGAAAGGAGGCGAGCGUUUGGCUUUGAAGAGCUGUCUCCGCCAGAGAUAGCUCCCUCUUCAGUGAAGGCCCAGGAGCUGUACUUGGAUAUCUGCUCCACACUGGACCCUCCACGGGACAGAAACAGCGGUGCACGUUCGGUGUCCUCCCACAGCUCCCGGAAGUCCUCCCACACAGCUCUGUCGGACUCUGCAUCAGCUAACUCCUACACAGAGGCCUGCACACCAUCAUGGCAGUCUGCUUCCAUCGGGACAGAGAAGACAUCUGCCAGGCUCCAACCUAGUAGUUCAAAGAAUUUGGCACAAAGACAAAAUUCCUUUGACCUCGUUCCCCAAAUGAGCCUCCCCCUUUCUCCUACCUGCAGCAAGCACUCCGCAAUGCAACAGCAGACACAGCAGCAGCAGCAGCAGCAGCAGCAGCAGCCGCAGUCGCAGUCGUCCAUGUAUGAGCUGCAACAGCCUCAGAUCUGUGUAAUGAACCAGCUGAAGGAACAGCUGGAGGAGAGGACGCGCAUUCUGCAAGCUGACAUUAAGACGCAGCAGCAGGAGCUGCACGACAUUAAGGAGAAGCUUCACUUCGCUAAUCUCCAGAUGUUGUUACAGCAGCCUAUCCACAAUGACUUUGGCCAGGCCCAGCAGCAGCAGCAGCAGCAGCAGCAGCAGCAGCAGCAGCAGCAGCAGCAGAGGGGGAGACCGGCCCAGCAGAGCCAGUCGGGGGUGAUCAGGCAACUCGCAGGCCAUCCCAAACAACCGUCCUGUGGGGCCCACAGCUCAUCCCCUCACUCCCUGCUGAGAGAGAGCAGCUCACCCUCGUCACAGGUCCAGCAGAGAAUUGCGCGGAGCGGGCAGUCGGCAGUGAGUGUGCCCGUGCAGACGAACACGAGUCUGACCAUGCCCUUCUACAGCAACCCCAUGAUGUUCUCCCAGACCAACUCGAGGUCUCUACAGGACGCAAACCAAAGACACACGGACGGCGAGUUCAACCAGGACGGUCAACUACGCAUGCUCCUCAACCAGCCAAUGCAGACGCUGGUUCCCACUAGCAGUGUCACCACGCAGCCUUCCCAGUGCAACAUGGGCAUCUCUCAAACCAUAUACACGUUGGAGCAGCAGAUCAUCGCCCCUCCGUUCUCCAUGCAGCAGGUCAACUGCAACGCCGUCCUCGUGCCCUCCCCGGUCUUCACGUCUCCCAUCAUGAUCCCACACAACACUUUCAUCACAAACCAGUCCCAGUCGACCUACCACGCUCAGCCUCAGGCUUCUCAGCACUCCCUGCAGCUCCAGCAGCCGCAGCAGUUCUUUCAGAUGACUCAAGGACUCGUACAAGGUGGAUCUACUCCAACAUUCUUACACACCGCUAAUGUCCCGCAGCAAGGCACUGUGGGAUACAUCCAGCAGCAAACACAGCAAGUGCCGCAAGCACAGCAGCAGCAGCAGCAGCAGCAGCAGCAGCAACAGAGGCAAUACCAACAUUCCCAAAACCAGACUAGCAAUGUUUCAGACUUCCGAAAUAUGUUGACUCGGUAGCGCUGUGGACCGUGGUUAGAGCGCCGAGAUCGCCCCCCGUGUUGUCGCCGUGUAGACGGCAGCGCGUUGUGGCAAUUGGAAGUCAAACUUGACGCCAGUGGGAAUGCUUCUAGCGACCUGACUUUUGAUGUGAAGCUGCCCAUUCAGAGGGAAGCCGGUGUGUUCGCACGUGGAGUAAAAAAACCACAAGCAGAGGCCGCACCGGCCGGACGUCACCUGCAGGGUUCUGUGGAGAUUCUGAGGUGCUGGACCUUAGCGUCACGCUCAGGCGUCAACAAGGCGAAACUGCCAGAACAAGUGGAUUAUCAAAGCUCUCGACAGACUUCUAACAGAGAGAGUUUCCUGCUAAGUGUGUUUGCACUUUGGUACCACCCCCCCCACCCAAAAGUAGAAUAUUUAUUUUUGCCCGUGAAUUAAUAUUCUAUUCCCCUCACUAGUAAUGGCUCCAUAGUGAGAUUAGCUUUCAAACCUACACUCGAUGGCCCUCCCCAGUGACAUCAAGUCCAAUUUUCAGCCCCAGUGAAAGUGGCUCAUCUCAUAAAGGGAUUUGUGUACAUUAAAGUGUAUUCCAGCCGGCAGACAUCAGAUGUCGCUUUUGUCCCCAAAUCAAUGAUUUACUCGCGUGUAUGUUCAUGAUAAGUCACAAGAGAGGGGCUGUAUGGCGAAACAUGCAGCGCUGACAUGACCGCCAUAUCUAAAGGUCAAGUUUGCUAAGAAUUCAUACGCAACACGCUGCACUGGGAAGCUGUGGGGGAUAUUCUAUUAUUAGAAAAGGUCUAUCUAGAUUUUUAAAGCCUCAAUCUGGGACAGAAGAAGGGGUGCUGCAACUAUCGCACCACUUCUCGCUGAGAAUGACAACAAACAAAGCUCUUAAGUCCUGAUUCUAGGUGCUUCUGGUGAGCUCUGCAGUACUUAGGUGAUAGACGAGUUAGCAGAGGGGGGAAAACUUUGUGCCUUUAACCGUGGUGCGUCCAUGGUGCGGUUUGAUGGUUUUGUCUGAUUACGGCUUUAAAAAUCCAGCUCAGGUCCAUUUGGAAUACAAAGCUCUAUUUUCAUAGGUCAUAAUUUAUUGUUUUCCACAUCAGAUUUAAACAAAAAGAGACAUCUAGAUUUGUAAUGGAUAUAUUACAAAUAUAUAUUGGAUGCUUGUUGCAACCUUUACUUCAGUAAGUCCAAACUCUUUUUCAACACUUUCUGUAAUGAUAGUAUGUAAUAAGAUUCUUGAAACUAUUUACUGAAACCCUAAUGAAAUCAUUUCAUGUUUAUUUAUUGCAUAUAAAUUUGAAGAAACUAGUUUUAUACUCAAAAGUUCACACUAUGUGUCCAUUCAGACAUUGAAAGGUCAACACUGGUCUUGAUGUCUUAUCCCACCCGGGUCAAUGGUUCAAUGCAAGCUGCUCUCACGACAGCGGUGCAACAAACUACAUCACAGGUGUAGGCUUGGUGAAUUGACAUAGACUCUGCCUGCUACCUGGGUAUUUGUGAACAGUAUUACCUUGUUUAUUUUCUUUAUUUGACCGCGUCAGAAGUCACAACCAAAUUAGCCCAAAGUAAAAGUCCAAGUAAACGAAACUCUGAAUGUGAUCGCCUCGAAAAAUGUAAUUACUGCCAGCAGAUAUUGUUUAAAAUAUAUUAACCUCCAACGCGUUAUUCUGUAAUAUAUCACACAGCUGCAGAUAACAGAGACACUAUAUUUAAAGUAUCAGACGUUGUCUGCUCAUACAUCCUGAAGUUAAUGAUGUUCUCUGCUGAGUCCUCAUCAGUAUUUCAAAAUGUUACAAUCUGGUUCCUUUCUUUUUGAAUGACAAUCUUAGGGAGUCCUUUGACAAAAUACUAUUUUAUGUUUGUAGAGGGGGAAUCCUGCUGUGAUAUGUGCAUCUACUAAUCAGCUCUCCUGACUACACUCCUUUCUCUUAACAGCCAUAUUAAAUAUAAAGAUAAUAUACGACACCUGUCUACCAGGGGUGUUUUAACACUUAAGUACAGACCAAAAUAUUAUAGUACGUAAGAAUUGGCCACCUUACAUUCAUACUCCCAAGAGAGUAACUGGCUUAGUUAGCCAUGCAGCUAGCCAGACCAUCAGGGCAGUUAAUUCUUCACUUUCAGUUGAUCAUUUUGGUAAAUUUUUGGAUGACAUAAAUUAAAAUUCUACAUAUUGCACCCUCAACAGAGAGAAGGCUGAUUGUCCGAAUGAGGUUGCGAGCAUUCAAUGUGACGGUUACCAUUUAUCAAGAUGAAAGGACUGAAAGAGGUGUGGAGUGUACAGGCUGAGCCAGAUCAGCAGGUGAACAAUAUCCAGGAAGAAAACAAACUGAAGAACAUAAACAGUGUGUGCAUCUCUCUUGUGUUAAUGACAAUCAGAGACAAUGUGAAACAGUAUACUGCAAAGAAGCUGCCUGUGCCAGAGUCUGAGAUUAUCAUUUAGAAUUUAAAAAUCUUUAAAUGCAUCCCAUGGGGUUGUUGCACAAAGCUCAGCUGGAAAAAAAUGUCCUCAAAUUCUCUCUGUAGAACUACACUUAAUUUUAAAAAAGGACCCUUCGUGCUCCGUGUGACCGUUUGGUCUCAGCCACCCUUCAAGUUAUCCACGUCACAGUCAAGACUGGUGCUGUUCACGGUGGACGACAGAGCUCAACAUGUUCGUUCAGUGCCGUUUUUCACUUUCCUAUGUGCAAUGUCAAUUUGAAGAAGAAGAAUGUUAAUUUAUACUGUUUGAAAUGUUUCAGAACAGAUGUACGAUGUAUAUAGAGGUGUAUAAUAAGCCAUUGUACCAUGUAAAUUAUAUGGAAAUAUUUUUUUAACGACAAUGUCCAAACAUUCCUUCAGUUGUUGACAUCAGCAGUAUCUUUAAACAAACAAACAAACAAAAACAGACUAUAAAAAGGUGUAUCCAGUGAAGAAUACAGGGAUUAAAGCAGGACUUUGUCUUCAUGGGAAUGUGGUGCAAGUGUUGGCCUUUUCCUAAACAUGAUAAGAAAACACAGACACUCUGGAGUGAAAGAAAGAUGAAAUGAAGAAUCUCAAUCCUUGUGUCCCCGUCGAGCAGCUGAUGAGACCAACAGCUGAAUCUUUAAAAAGGCAGUUCAGCCAAAGCUGACAUCUUCAUUUAAAAAGAAAAAAUGGUUUCAGUUUUUUAGCUUUUCAGAAAAAAAGUGCAAUUGUACAUCAUCGUCAAAAUCUAUAUAUUAAGAUGGCCGCGGGAAGUUUCGGUCUCCCUUGACGAACUUCUACGCGUCGACAUAGCAACAUUAAAGACAGCCCGUGUAAGUUGAGCUCAGCCAGCAGCUCAGAGGUGCCAUAGACGACUUCAGCUUUUCUUUCUUUCAUUAUUCAAUUUAAUUUGAACCACAGAAAGAAACCUGAAGACAUUUUGAGAAAAUGUAUAAUUUUGCAGAGUCGAUCACACGCAGUGCGACUUCCCCUUCAGACUGUUGUUCAUCCAAUCACUCAGAGACGCGAAACAGCUGCUGUCAAACUGUUAUUGUUGAUAGUUCAUGCAUUGUGUUCCAGAUGUGGGUUAAGCCCUGAAUUAGUUUUGCUUUGGACAAAUCACCUCAUUGUGCACCAGACAUUUGGGAGUAAGAUGAUUUUUAAAGUUGUUGUUUUUUGUGUGUGUGUGUGUAUUGCUUCACAAGUUAUUGUAAAUAAGCCAUCUGCCCGGUCGGUACUGUCUUUUCUUUCUUGUCGCUCUCUGCACAUCUGUUUCUUUCUUUUCUUUCUUUCAGAAUGCUUUUCUUCUUCAUGGGGUUUUUCAUUGAGUGUUUUUGAAGGCAUGUGAUUUGAAUCACGUCUAACAUGUACUUUUGCUGAUUUGUAAAAUAAUGGCCGACACCUUAAAUGUGUGUGUGUGUGUGUGUGUGUGUGUGUGUGUGUGUGUGUGUGUGGGCGGUCAGUCCGAUCAAUGCUUUCUGUGUAAGAUUUGCCAGGAGAUGAACAAAACAAACCUGGUGGUUCGCAGCCAUUUCUGCAGUUUCAGUGCAGAAACAAACAUUGAAUAUAUUGUAUAAUAGAAUGUAAAAAAAAAAAUUUAAGACUAUAUAGUUGUUUAUUUUAUAUGUCUAAUAGAUUACUUAUGUAUGUUACAUGAUUUUAAAAUUAAAGUAAUUUUGUAACAGAUAA